AUGAUCGAAGACUUUGGGGCUUACAUACUUUUUGGACUUGCAAUUGUGCCGAUUACGGCUUACUUCAACCAAAUCCUAUUUUUUACUUUUGCGUUUUAUGUGAGCGCAAUACCCAUAGGCUUUCCUUUAAAUGUCUCGUUUUUUUUUUCGGUGGUUUCAUUAAGAUUUUGUUUUUUCUUCGGCAGCUCUGCCAAUUUUUACAGAAGAUCUCACCCCCCUCUGCAACAUUACCCUGGCGUAACCAUUAUUAAGCCCCUCAUGGGCGUCGAUCCUCUUCUGCGGGAAAAUAUUGUUAGUCAUUUGGAGCUUAAUUAUCCGAACUUUGAAAUCAUCUUCUGCGUAGAAUCACCCGAUGACCCGGCAAUCGAUCUGGUUCAAUCGCUCCUCCAGGAAUAUCCCAACGUUGAUGCUCGUCUUAUUGUUGGAGGGAGUGGCAACGUUAUCAACCCAAUGGUUAACAAUCUCCUCCCGGGCUAUGAAUCAGCGAAGUACGACUUGGUCUGGGUUAGCACAAGUCGAAUUCGA